CCUCUGAUCAAACAUCCGAUAGACGCGGUUUCUGAGCAGCUAGAGGAUGGGCUCAGCAAAUAAAAAGAGGAAUGAUGAGAGAUUCCACAGGUGUUAGCAAACGGAGAACAGGUGCGUCAAAGAUGAACUGGAUUGUAGCUGCGAUCGCUGUGUGCGUAUUCGUGCCCAGCGCCCACUGUGAGUCAAGUCCAAUCGCCUGGUGUUAUCAUGAGCCACACUGCAAUGACACGACUUGGCCAACCAUUGCUGCUUCACAUUGCAAUGGCAGCCGGCAGUCGCCCAUUAACAUCGUCUCAGCAUCUGCCCAAAUUGACUCCAAUCUGACUGCAUUCACCUUUCAUAACUACAGCAGCAAAUCCACAAUGACAACGAUCAAAAACACUGGCCACACAGUCAAAGUCAUCCUCGACAGCGGUGUGAGGAUUUCAGGAGGAGGUCUGUCUGAGGACUACGACAGCCUGCAGUUCCACUUGCACUGGGGUAAUGGCACCUCUGUCCCCGGCUCCGAGCACACCGUGGAUGGCAAGCGCUAUCCCAUGGAGUUACACAUUGUAAACAGCAAGGCAUCCUAUAAUCGGAACACAACUCAGGCUGUUGCAGACUCUACAGGACUUGCUGCUCUUGGUUUCUUGAUUGAGGAAAUGUCGGGUAAUGCAACUGGCCAACCUGCAAGCUGGCACACCUUGAGCUCCUACCUGACAAACAUCCCAAACAGCGACGAAAAUGUUACAGUGGUACCUGGAAUUUCCCUGGAUGAUCUCCUGACCGGGGUGGAUCGCACCAAGUAUUACCGCUACCUUGGCUCCUUGACCACCCCCAAUUGCAACGAGGCUGUGGUUUGGACUGUGUUUAAGGACACAAUAAAAGUCAGCAAAGACGUGAUUGACCUCUUCAGCAAAACGGUACGCCUCUCCAACAGCACAUCACCUUUUAUAAUUAAUGUCUACAGAGACAUCCAGCCAGCGCAACGUGUCACAACACAGGCUGCCAGCUCUACCUCCAAAGCCUGCUACUCUCUGGCUCUGAUGGCUCUGAGCCUGGUUCUUGGGAGGAGUUAGGGCCAUGAAAGGUGGUGGUGUCUCAGCAACUUAUGGUGUUGCUGGUAAAUCUCUUUGCGAUGAAAAUACACCUUUUUGCCAUAAUUUUGUCAAUGUGGUUUGUCUGACUUUAGCAGUGUCCACAUUGUUAAUACAUAAAGUAUGCAAUGAAUUACUCAUUCUUAGUCCCCUAAAUUCUGAAUGUAGGAUUAAGUACACAUAAGAUCACAACCAAGCAAAAUUGAGCCUACCACAAGUACUUGCAAUAUAUGCAUUAAUAAUGUUAACAUAUGAUGAUGGCUGCCUUGCUUUGAUGUGGUAGUCCAUCAUAAUGUUUCUGUAAAAAAUUAUUUAUUCAUUAUAUGAUUUUUAAUCGGUUGUAUGCAUGAUUGCACCUCUUGCUUAAUAGAUUUAUGUUAGACAUGAUUCACACAAGAAUUUAGAAUGUUGUAUUGAGAAUUGAAGCACAGCUCAUUGUCUGUUUCUGCACUACCAAAGCUUCAUUCAGGUGCCUGAAAAAAAGAUAUGCACAUGCACUAAGUUCACUGGGUAGUAAUGGUAGUUUAGAAUUCUGGCAAUGUAAUUUUGAGUGUGUAAGUAUUGAGUUGCAUCACAAUCUGCCGGCACAUAUCUGUCUAGAGAGUUACAACUCAAAUCUGUACAAAUAAAUGUUGCAGAAUAAAAUUUCAUUUUCAAUUAGAUUUUUGUAUUUUUAUAUUCCCUUAUUUUGGACCCUGAUUUGCUUUUAUUUUUGUCCUCGUCAGUGCAGAUACUGUUAGCAGAUGAAAUGUAGCCAUGUUGCCAAGCGGAACACUCACUCAUUCAGUGGGUGUAAUGAAGAUUUGACGCGUCAGUCAAUUGAAUGAACGACAUUAUUUAUUACAAUAAUAUAAGUUACAUGUUAUCUUUAAGCACUAUGUUGCACUACUUGCACAUGUAACAGAGCUGACCUCAUGUCAAGUGUUUCUAAAUUAAAAUGAUCUUGUGUCAA